GCGGCGGCAGCGGCUUCCGGCCGCGGCGGACACUUCCCUCGGAGGGACUGUCCCGUGGCACCCGGUGGAACCGAGUAGAACGUGGAGCGCCGGGAGCGGCGAGUAUGGACGACUACAGCCUGGAUGAGUUCCGUCGGCGCUGGCAGGAGGAGCUGGCGCAGGCCCAGGCGCCGAGGAAGCGGCGACGGCCCGAGGCUGCCGAGAGGCGGGCUCGGCGGCCGGAGAAUGAAAUGAAUGAUGUGCCUUUCUUUGAUAUCCAACUGCCUUACGAAUUGGCAAUCAAUAUAUUUCAGUAUCUGGACAGGAAAGAACUAGGAAGAUGUGCACAGGUGAGCAAGACGUGGAAGGUGAUUGCAGAGGAUGAGGUGCUGUGGUACAGGCUGUGCCAGCAGGAAGGGCACCUUCCGGAUAGCAGCAUCUCUGACUAUUCUUGCUGGAAGCUCAUCUUCCAAGAGUGCCGAGCCAAGGAACACAUGUUACGAACCAACUGGAAGAUGAUCUGCCUCCAUUUUCAGCCUCAAGAUUUGGGAACAUCCUCUUAUUCUGCAGGAGAGGAAGGGUGGAUUGGGUUGCCAGCCACUUCCUCUCUGAUUGUUAGGGUGGUCAGAGGAGUGCUCCGUGCAGCCCCCUUGACUUUCACUGACUCUCUGGAGGGACCCAGAAAGCAAAAGCACUACCUGCAUACAAAAGAGGAGCCGAAAAUGUCAUUUCCGAAUCGCAAAGGUGCCGUGAGCGAGCUGGAGCACGUUCCUGACGUGGUUUUGUGUGAUGUGCAUUCUCACGAUGGCGUGGUCAUUGCUGGAUAUACAUCAGGGGAUGUGAGAGUGUGGGACACCCGCACCUGGGACUACGUAGCCCCAUUCCUGGAAUCAGAGGACGAGGAGGAUGAGCCUGGAAUGCAGCCAAAUGUCUCCUUUGUGAGGAUAAACAGCUCGCUGGCAGUAGCAGCUUAUGAGGAUGGGUUUCUUAAUAUUUGGGAUUUAAGGACCGGAAAGUACCCUGUUCAUCGUUUUGAGCACGAUGCAAGAAUACAGGCACUAGCCCUCAGCCAGGACGAUGCAACCGUGGCCACAGCUUCUGCUUUUGAUGUCGUGAUGUUAUCCCCCAAUGAGGAGGGGUACUGGCAGAUAGCUGCGGAAUUUGAAGUUCCGAAACUGGUUCAGUACCUUGAAAUAGUUCCAGAAACCAGAAGGUACCCUGUGGCAGUAGCCGCUGCUGGAGAUCUGAUGUACCUGCUCAAAGCCGAAGACUCCGCCAGAACCCUCCUUUACGCCCACGGCCCGCCUGUCACAUGUCUCGACGUCUCGGCCAACCAAGUUGCUUUUGGUGUACAGGGUCUGGGAUGGGUGUAUGAAGGAAGCAAGAUCUUGGUGUAUAGCCUGGAAGCAGGACGCCGCCUCUUGAAGCUGGGUAACGUUCUCCGUGACUUCACGUGUGUCAACCUCAGUGACAGCCCUGCCAACCUCAUGGUCAGUGGCAACAUGGACGGGAGGGUGAGGAUCCAUGACCUCCGCAGCGGUAACAUCGCCCUGUCGCUCUCCGCCCAUCAGCUCAGGGUCUGUGCUGUGCAGAUGGACGACUGGAAGAUCGUCAGUGGAGGCGAGGAAGGCCUGGUGUCCGUGUGGGAUUAUCGGACGAACCAGAAGCUAUGGGAGGUGUAUUCCGGACACCCUGUGCAGCACAUCUCAUUCAGCAGCCACAGCCUCAUCACCGCCAACGUGCCCUACCAGACGGUGAUGCGAAACGCCGACCUGGACAGCUUCACUACUCACAGGAGACACCGGGGGCUGAUCCGUGCCUACGAGUUUGCGGUGGACCAGCUGGCCUUCCAGAGCCCUCUCCCUGUCUGCCGUUCAUCCUGUGACGCCAUGGCCACUCACUACUACGACCUCGCACUGGCCUUUCCCUAUAACCACGUUUAGGGACGUGCCUCAGUUGGGAGCAAGGAGAAAAAUGGGAAGAACCAGUUUUAGAAAAAUGGGAAGAACCAGUUUUAUCCAUCUUAAAACUCCAGGCAGCUCUGCACAGGCGGUAAACGUUUAGGAGAAGAAAGCAGCCCAGGGUGCCAUGCCUGACGGCACGUGUCUCCCCAACCCCUGCACUUCCCCCGGUGCCUGGGGCAAGCUGGCGUGUGCUGGGGCUCGAGUCCCACAUGCUGCCAACUCAAACAUAGCCUCCUUCCCCACCCAGCCGGCCACCCUGGCCUCAGCUCCCUCAGGACGCCUCGGAGAUCUCGCUGCGCAGUCCUAUACGGUCCCUGCUUAGCCAGCUUCUGUGUGUCCGCCCUCCCAGCUCCAGCCCUGCAGGCCGUCUUUCCGGUCUCCAGCCCCUUCUCUCUUUCCCUCCGAUGUGGUUGUCCCUGGCCUCCAAGGCAAUAACCUCCAUGUCCUUUUCCCUGUAUUUACUUAGGGUGCUCUUCUGUGACACUUGCCACCACCACCUUCCAGUAGCAAGCUGGUAGAGCAGUACUUUUUCUUCACAGCAUUUACCAUGGUUUAUAAUUAUAUACUUAUACAGUUUAGUCAUUAAUGACUAUUUUGCUUACUAUUGUGUCUGAUAUGUGAUACAAAGCAAAUAUUUUCUAAAUAUUCAUUGACUAAACAAACAGCCAUCAAGAUGAAACAGGACAGGAGAGAACUGUUCAGUGUGAUACAGAGCUGUCAUUUCUGAAGUAUUCUGGAAGCAAGCCAUUGCCUUACUCUUGAUUUUCAACAGUUCUAAACAGCAACAGCAUCCACCUAAUAUACCUUCAGAAUAUCAAAGCAAAAACUGAUAGAACUACAAAGAGAAAUAAAAUCCAUUCUCACUACAGGCAAAUCAGUGAGAAAAACGUAAAGAUCUGGAGGAUUUACUUAAUAUUACUAACAAGCUGGAUCCAGUAGAUGUGUAUGGAAUUUCAAAUACACAUAGACCAUGCACAAAAAACCACCCUGUACGAAGGCCACAAAGAACAGCUCAGAUGCACAAAGAUUCGCACCAUACAGGCCAAAUUAUAGAACCCCCCAACCCCGAGACACUGCACCCUAUGGGCUAUACCCUCAGGCAGGGCCCUGCUUUUCUAGGAAUUGACCCCAAUGCAGAAUAGCGAGAAAUCAACAAAAAGCAAAAUAAGACAAUUCCAGACACUCCUGAAUUUACUUGGAUUUAAAGAGGUUAAUAAAAACAAACUAUAAACUCUCUA